CAAAGCAGACCGGUUGUGCUAACUUCGACAGUCACAGCUGCUGAACUGAAAUAGAACAGAGUUAUAGGCGCUCACGGAGGGAAGCACAUAGCCUACUAAACGCACUCCGACGGGAAGUUGCGCGGAAUGCUGAUUCUGAGGAAGUUUUGCCACAAUUCCUUCACUCCAGACUCAAUGAUGCAUCGGAGGAAAUACAUUUUUAACCUGGAAAAUUGCAGUCGGACGGAAUAAAGCGCAGCGGUCUGUUCAACUCUUGCAUUCACGCGGACAAAAGUGACUGAGGAUCUGUUUAAGGACAGACAGGCGUCAGUGGACUCCUAGAGACUGGAUGCGCUUUUUAGAAGUUCCUGCGCAAUUAUGGGCUGUAAUAAGGUGUGCGUGGCGCUGGUCGGGGCGCUUGUCGUCAUCACGCUCAUCAUUAUUCCCACGGCAAUUUACGUAAACAGAGAUGAGUCUGCAUUAAAGAGAACUUAUUCUUUUUAUGAUUUUUACAAUGAUACCAUCAGGUAUAAAACAUACAGUCUCCACUGGAUGUCAGACAAUGAAUACCUCCACAAAACCAGCGAAGGCCAUAUUUACGUACACAAUGCUGAAACGAAGGAAAGCUCAAUGUACCUGAGCAACUCAACAUUUGCCCAAGUGGAUGCCACAGAUUACAUAUUGUCAGCAGACAGAAAGUUUGUCAUCUUUGAGAGCAAUUACUCAAAGCUAUGGCGACACUCCUUCACUGCAUCCUACCAUAUUUACAACAUGGAGUCUCAGGAAUUUCUCUCCAAGGUUCAGAUUCCACCUGUAACACAGUUCUUAGUGUGGGCACCAAUAGGAAAUAAAUUGGCUUACGUCUGGGAAUAUAAUAUUUACCUCAAAAAGAACGCCACUGCUGAGGCCGUACAAGUCACUCACAAUGGAAAAGUCAACGAAAUUCACAAUGGGGUUCCAGACUGGGUUUAUGAAGAGGAAGUUUUUGCAUCCAACGAAGCCAUCUGGUGGUCUCCGCAGGGGAAAUAUCUGGCUUACCUACAAAUCAAUGACACUGGAGUUCACAACAUUGAAUACUCAUUGUAUGGAAAUGACCAGUAUCCCACCACAGUAUUUAUCCCCUACCCAAAAGCAGGCUGUGUUAUUCCCAGAGCAAGGCUGUUUGUGAUUGACGUGGAAAAUCCAUCCAAACAAUCAGAAGUGGUGGUACCGAAAUCUGUCGGAUCAGGCGAUCACUAUCUGAGAACAGUCACCUGGGUCACAGAUGAGCGUCUAGCUGUUCAAUGGCUGCCACGCCGACAGGACAGCGUCCUUCUGCAGAUCUAUGACUAUGAUGGCACCAACUGGAAAGAAACCUCGAAAUUUGAGCAAAAGAGCAAAACUGGAUGGGUUGGACGGUACUUUCCCGCAGCUCCUUACUUUGCUGCAAAUAACAUGAGUUUUUACAAAGUUAUGAGCAAUGACAAAGGUUAUAAACAUCUCCACUAUGUGGAUGCCGGAAAAGCAACACCCAUCACCUCAGGCAAAUGGGAAGUGAUAUACAUCUCAAAAGUAACCAAAGAUUCCAUAUACUACGUGAGUAAUGAACACAUGGGAAGACCUGGACAGAGAAACCUUUACAAGAUUUCUAUAAGCAAGAGUGGACAUCUUGCCCCCGAGUGCCUCACCUGUUCGCUGUACCAGGACAGGUGUCAGUAUAACUCUGCUUACUUCAGCCUGAACGCCUCUUUCUUCCGUAUGGACUGCUACGGACCAGGGCUUCCGCUGUUUACACUGAUGGACAACAGAGGGCCCGCUAAAGAGAUUCAGGUACUUGAGGACAAUAAGAAACUGGAAAAAAUACUGACUACAGAGCUUCUGAUGCCGACCAUCAAACGUGCCACAAUGAAAAUCGCAGGAUUCGACCUGUGGUAUCAGAUGAUGUUCCCACCAAAUUUUGACUCCUCCAAAAAGUACCCUCUUUUAAUUCAAGUAUAUGGCGGUCCAGCCAGUCAGAAUACAGACUAUGUGUUUCGACUGGAGUGGGCCACGUACCUGUGCAGCACAGAGAAGGUCAUCAUCGCCAGCUUUGAUGGCAGGGGAAGUGGUUACCAGGGUGAUGAGAUAAUGCAUGCCAUCUACGGCCGGCUGGGAACGUACGAGGUGGAAGAUCAGAUCUCGGCCAUGAGAAAAUUAAUUGAAAUGGGUUUCAUUGACAAAAACAGAAUUGGCAUGUGGGGUUGGUCAUAUGGUGGCUAUGUGACUUCCAUGGUUCUGGGAUCAGGAUGUGGACUGCUCAAAUGUGGAAUUGCCGUGGCUCCUGUCGCUAAGUGGGAGUAUUAUGAUGCCGUAUAUACAGAGAGAUACAUGCAUCGCCCUGAGGAAAACAUGGAAAGUUAUAAAAAUUCUACAGUGACCGGCAGGGCAAAAAAUUUCAAGUCAGUGCAAUACAUGCUGGUGCAUGGCACUGCAGACGACAACGUCCACUUCCAGCAGGCUGCCCAAAUUUCCAAAGCCCUGGUGGAAAAUCAAGUUGAUUUUGAAGCAAUGUGGUACACCGAUAAGGAUCAUGGACUGUCUGGUAAAGCGCGUUACCACCUCUACACACACUUGAACCAUUUCCUGCAGAACUGCUUUGCUGAGAAAAAAUAAAUGGACAUAUUGAUGCAUUAUGAAGACAAAAAUGUUCCUCUUACAUUGACACAAACACUGUUAAUGACAGAUGCUUGACAUGUUAGUCUGUAUAUACUGUAGAACAUGUUGAUGGGAACAAACUCUUAUGUCAGAGUCAAUUACAUUUACAUGUAAGAUUUUAUAUUAUUCUUUUAAUAUGUGGAAUUUGUAUUAGCUGUUGUUUUUCUUAUCAAAUUGCUGUGAUGAUUACUCUACGAAUGUGACCUGAUAUGAAUGCAGUGUAUCUCACAGAAUUCUGGCAUGUUUUAUAAUGUUACAUUUACAAAUCGAUUGUGGAAGCCAUUGUUUUAUGCAGUUGUGUUUAUGCACUGACUUCAAUGCGUGGUCUGAGCAUGUCUGUAAGAAAACUGAUCAAGUGAAACAUUCUGGAUUUGAAUGCCUCAUGCUUCAUACAUCCUGAAAACUGAAUGAAAAGAGAAAGAACAAUA